GACUUUGCCAAUAGACAGGGACAGACUCCCUCACCCCUCUGUAGGACGCUGGGAGGCAGGUCAUUGCCAGGAAGCUCUGGGCCACUCCUGCCCAGAUUCCCCGCCCACCUUCACUUGUCUGCUGGCCUGGUGACCAGGUCUGGGUGACCUCUCUGUCUCUCAGAAGGAACUGCUGUUCCUGGAUAAGCCAGCAACCUCUGGGAGUACCUCCACGAUCCUUGGCUUUGGCUGGCACAGGGGUGCAGGGGAGUUGGCAGCACGAGUGACCAGGCGGAUGUGCUCCCAUGAGAGUUCCAUCCAACCCGCCCAGUUCCUCCUGGUGGUGGGGGUCCCGGUGGCGAGCGCCCUCCUUCUGCUCCAGUGUCUUCGAUGGCACUGUCCUCGCCGGCUGCUGGGGGCCUGCUGGAAGCCGGAUAGCCAGGAGGAGCCAGUGGCCCACCCCACUCCCCUGCCAGAAGACGAGCCCUCACGAGGGUGCCCGCCGGCCACACUGCCGGAGAUGGCCGCCUUCUACCAGGAGCUACACACACCCACUCAAGGCCAGACCGUCAUCCGUCAGCUGAUGCACAAGCUGUUGGUGUUCUCGGCUCGAGAGGUGGAUCACCGCGGCGGCUGCCUGAUGCUCCAGGAUAUGGGCAUCUCUCUGCUCAUCCCACCAGGUGCUGUGGCUGUGGGCCGCCAGGAGCGGGUAUCACUGAUCCUGGUGUGGGACCUGUUGGACGCCCCAUCACUGUCCCGAGCGCAGGGGCUGGUGAGCCCUGUGGUGGCCUGUGGGCCCCAUGGGGCCUCCUUCCUGAAGCCCUGCACCCUCACAUUCAAGCACUGUGCCCAGGAGCCCAGCCAUGCCCGGACCUACAGCAGCAACACCACACUGCUCGAUGCCAAGGUCUGGAGGCCCCUGGGGCGGCCUGGGGCGCACACCUCCCGGGAUGAGUGUCGCAUCCACCUCUCCCACUUCAGCCUCUAUACCUGUGUCCUGGAGGCACCCGGGGGCAGGGAGGCCCGCAAGUGGCUGCAGCUGGCAGUGUUCUGCUCGCCGCUGGCGCCGGGGCAGUCCCACUUGCAGCUGCGCAUCUACUUUCUCAACAACACACCGUGCGCCCUGCAGUGGGCCAUGGCCAAUGAGCAGCCCCACGGUGGGCGUCUGCGCGGGCCCUGCCAACUCUUUGACUUCACAGGGGCCCGAGGGGACCAGUGCCUGAAGCUCACGUACAUCUCUGAGGGUUGGGAGAACGUGGACGAGAGCAGCUGCCAGCUGGUUCCCCAUCUCCACAUCUGGCACGGAAAGUGCCCCUUCCGUUCCUUCUGCUUCAGGAGAAAAACAGCCAGUGAAAGCGUUAACUGCUCAGCACUUGCCAGUGAGAUCAUUGUCACCAUGCACACCUUCCAGGAUGGCUUGGAGACCAAGUACAUGGAAAUCCUCAGAUUCCAGGCAUCAGAGGAAGAAUCCUGGGCAGUGCCUCCCCCUGUCUCUCAACCACCCCCAUGCAACAGGCUGCCUCCAGAGCUCUUUGAACAGCUGCAGAUGUUGUUGGAACCAAACAGCAUCACAGGCAAUGACUGGCGUCGGCUGGCCUCCCACCUGGGGCUCUGCGGCAUGAAAAUCCGGUUCCUGUCCUGCCAACGCAGCCCCGCCGCAGCCAUCCUGGAGCUGUUUGAGGAGCAGAACGGCAGCUUGCAGGAGCUGCACUACCUCAUGACGGUCAUGGAGCGGCUGGACUGCGCCUCGGCCAUCCAGAACUACCUGAGCCUGAGCGGCAGCCCAGCGCCGCUCCGCGGGGGCGCGCACGAGAAUCCGGGCCUGGAGCUGGACGAGAAGCUCUGA